UUAACACCGAAAAACACAAUAUAAUUGUUCCAGAGGAAAAAAACAGGGGAAGAUUAGCGCGGACCUCUCGCCCAAAGGCGCACUGACGAGCGAUUAGCCACGCAGUUCUGCGCAUGCGCACGACCUGAGGCGCCAAAUUUAGCGGGAGGGAGAGGCAGUCCCAAGCUUUGUCUGAUGGAUCUGUUUACACUAUCGCACACUCCGCAAGAGAGUUUAUAUCGGCACUUCCUCCUCGAAGUGGAGCCUACCGUAGUAACUGACAGCACUCCACUUCAGCAACCUUGAGCCGAGCGCGUUCACCAUCACCUCUCUACCCUCGUCUUGAGAAGCGGGAUGGCGAGGCGGCCUAGACACAGUGUUUACAGUAGUGAUGAAGAUGAUGAUGAUGUGGAGAUUUACGAUCAUGAUUAUGAUGGUCCUCAUGCCAAGACAGGAAAACGUCAUCUUGGCAAGACGCGCUGGACCCGUGAGGAGGAUGAAAAAUUGAAGAGGCUGGUGGAGCAUCAUGGUUCGGAAGAUUGGAAAGUCAUUGCCAGCUUUCUGCCCAGUCGCACAGAUGUUCAGUGUCAGCAUCGCUGGCAAAAGGUUCUGAACCCUGAACUCAUCAAAGGACCGUGGACCAAAGAAGAAGACCAACGGGUGAUCGAGUUGGUUCAAAAGUACGGCCCGAAACGUUGGUCUGUGAUCGCGAAGCACUUAAAAGGUCGGAUCGGCAAGCAGUGUAGAGAGCGUUGGCACAACCACCUGAACCCCGAGGUGAAGAAGACCUCGUGGACCGAAGAAGAAGAUCAGAUCAUCUACCAGGCUCAUGAGAAACUUGGAAACCGUUGGGCUGAGAUAGCCAAGCUACUUCCUGGCAGGACCGAUAAUGCCAUCAAGAACCACUGGAACUCCACUAUGCGGCGAAAGGUCGAACAGGAGGGCUACCUGCAGCACGCCGCCAAAGUUAGCCCAACUCCACUAAACAACGGCUUUCCCAAACCUCCUCACCUCCUAAAUUACAAUCACACACCAAGCAGCCCAUCCAUGCCCGCCUCUUCCAUGAGCAGCCAGUACCCAUACUACAUGUCCGACUCGCAGCGGGUCCCAUUUCCACUUGCUCUUCAGCUGAACAUCUUAAACAUUCCUCAACAUGGGACUGCUGUUAUCCAGAGACACUACAAUGAAGAAGAUCCAGAGAAAGAGAAGCGAGUGAAGGAGAUUGAGAUGCUGUUGAUGUCAACAGAAAACGAGUUGAAGGGACAACAAGCACUACCAAUCUCCAUGGCUGGCUAUGGUGGGUGGAACCGAGGCUCUUUGACGGACAGCUCCGUGGGUGUGGCCGUUUCCGUCCCCGCCCCAUCCCUAGAGCAGGGCUGCCUUCCAGAAGAGAGCGCCCAUUGCAACACAAACAGCACAAACAAUGACAGCACCUCCACCUUGCCAGAGUUUAUUGACGCCAUCGAUUCGGCCCCACCUAUCUGGGCCAACAUACACUCCGAUAGGAGGUUGCUUAAAACGAAGAAGGCUCAGUCCAAUCAGCGCUCAGAGGGCCGCAUCUCGCCCGCCCACAGCGCUGACAGCAGUGUCCUCACAUUUCUUUGCUCUACGCCCAAACAUUCAGCCAUCAGACAGCUGGCUUUUUCUCCUGCUCAGUUCUUCAAUGCAUCAGUGAGCCCAGAUGCAGACAGUCGAAAUUUACCUGUCACGUCUUCACCUGCCUGUUCCCAGAAAGCACUGCAGCAUGACCUUGCCCUCCGACCUCAGAAGGAAAAUGAGCUGUUCAGGACCCCAAAUUUGCGGCGCUCUAUUAUGGAAUGUUCCCCUCGCACACCUACCCCGUUCAAGUCCGCACUGACAAUACAAGACACCAAAUACGGACCACUGAAAAGGGCUCACAGUCCUUCUCUGGACUCUGGUGUUGUCGGUACUAUAAAGCAAGAACCUCAGGAGUGUGAGAUCGGUGUCGGAGGGGUGCACCUGGACCAGCCCCCCCUAAAAAAGAUUAAACAGGAGGUGGAGUCAGCUUGUCUACAGUGGGAGGGACAGGAUCUCAACACCCAGCUCUUUCCUUCCAGUGGCUCCGCCCAUGACAUGCCUGAUUUGUUGACUAGCUCUGUACUGAUGCUUUCCACUGAGGGGAAAACUGAGGAUGGACACAAAACUGCCCAUUUGCCCCGUAGGCCCGUGGGAAGCCCUCUGCAGCAGCAGUUGAACACAUGGGAACAGGUGCUUUGUGGGAAGGUGGAGGACCAGGCGAUGCCCUCUGAACCCACGCACAAAUACCUCAGCAAUUACUCUUCACGAGCACUGGUCAUGUAAAGAGAUGGAAUGAGACAGAUGAAUACACAAACGACAAGAAAGAGGGAGAUUUAAUGACAAGACAAUCAUUCUGAGAAGACAUUAAAAAGAAACACUCCAACAUUUAUGGUACAUAAUUUGGGAGAGGCUAAAAGCCAUUUUUUAGACUGCACUGUCAAUGUGUAAGCUGUGCCAUCAUUCGUUUAACCAACCAAAGACAUUAUUCAUGUUGACAUGUUGUGUUUUUUCUACUUUUGAUUUCAUUAUUAAUAAUAUUAUAUUUUGUAUUAUAUUUGGGAAAAGAAUUCUCUAUGCGGGUCUAAUUUUAUGGAUUUUAAUAUAAGGAACAAUUUGCAGUAAUUUAUUAUUUUGUAUUAAGCAUAAUAAUUAACUACGGUGGGCAUCUCUGUCAGUGUUUGACCCCAGUAUUUGGGCUUCCUGCUCGUCUCUUAUUUGUUAAAUGUGUGUGUUAAUUGUAUGGAGUGUGUAUACUCCUAGCAUUAUCUGAAUCAUACACCC